CACGCCGCCAGAAUUUAUAUUGACUGUUAGUGUUUUCAUUUAUUUAUUAUGAAGGUAGAUUUUGUUUAGUGACUUGUCGUAUUUACGAGUACUAGUGAUCCCGCAGUAGUCGAAAUUCGACUAUAAUUAAUUGAAAUUAUCGUGAUUGGUGCUAAAAAAAACUCCACGAUAAUAGCACACGUCGUAAAAUGAACACAAGAUAAAAUUAUAAAAAGGUGACAUUUUAAAACGUCACGCAAGUGAAAAAAAAAAAAAACAACAACAACAAAAUGGCGCCAACGAAAGUACCCAAGAAACCUUUGAAGUCUAUGGAGAAGGUCGUGGACAAGCCGAUAUCGAAAACGAAAAAAAUCAAAAAAAAAAAGAACUAUCAAAGCUUCUCGAUCUAUCUUUACAAAUUACUGAGGGCCGUCACGCAAGACAACCUGGGCAUCUCGAGGAAGUCGAUGUUGAUCAUGAAUAACUUCGUUAACGAUAUGCUGGAGAAGAUCGCCGUGGAAGCCGGAAGGCUGGUCGCCCACGGCAAGAAGAAUACUCUGGGCAGCAGAGAAAUCCAAUCUGCCGUCAAGUUACUAGUACCGGGAGAGCUGGCCACACACGCCAACUCCGAGGGCAUGAAGGCCAUAAGCAUGUACCAUUUGAGCAAAAAGAAAGACUCCAAAAGCAACGACUCGGAAUGAUUGAUGACAAUUAAAAUUUAUAUUUAAAAAAAAAGCAAAGGAAAUCAGUUUAAUUUUUAUUUUUAUUAAUUGAGAUAUUUCGGAACAUGGUCCUUUUCGGGACCGAAACAUUUUCAAUAAUAAAUAAAUAAUAGUUUAAAAAAGAAACUAAAAAAAAA